UUUCGUUCAAAUCGCAAUAAUCGUGCAAGACCGUUCCCGCGUCGAAAAAUCUUUGUCUUCUCUUUUCCUUCAUCUGUAAAAGUAACGCUCCGUAAAAUUAAUUUGAAAUAUUAAUUAAAUUAUGUGUUCCGAGUCUUCGUUUAAGACGUAAUCGUCUCGUUAUCACAUCGAACUCGAAGUAAUGCCGCUGUAAAACCGGCCGUAGAUAAUCGUGAACGAAGAGCUUGUAAUCAUGACAGAUUGAAGCUGCGAGAUGAUUUAAGCAAAUCGAAAUAAUUCCGCUGUAAAACCGACCGGAAUCAACGAUCAACGAAGAGCUUGUAAUAUCGUGAAAGAUGGAAUCAUUAGCUGCGAGAUGAUUCAAGCGGUAACCGGUAUCACCGAAAUGAUAAAUGAAAGACUAAAGAACAAAACGAACGAAAUUCGUUGAAUAAUUCUACAGUCCGAAAUGCUGUUACGACCUGCCGAAUAUUUCUUCGGACUCGAAGAGUAAGCUUCAAAAUACCAAAUACACUCGAUUGUAGGUACAGAGAAAAUUCGCCUCGCCGAAACCUAGUCAACGAAGAACAGUCGAACCAUGUUGCGACUUGCGUUCCACUAACACAGUCACUCUUGUUUUGAUAAUAAACCCUCUUCUCCGCCCUCAUUCCGUAACUACCUUCUCCGGUGCCGGUCCUUCUUCCACUUCCACCAUCGAAAUUGGUUUUUCGUUAUACUAUUUUCCAACAGCGUUAGCGUCGGUCUCGGUUUGUGCGAAAACGUGAAUGCGAUAUCGAAAGUGAAGAAUACUACGCAGUUUCUUUUCGCCUUGCUCGGUCAAAUAUUCGCCGUCAGUGUGUGCUUCGUGUAUUGUUUACAACGCGCCGUUUCGUGUACGUUAAUUUCGAUUUACACGUGGUUUUUGUGCUAAUAACGUCGAUUACGAGGUUAAUUGUUUACAUUUUUGUACGCGAAAUAGUUAUACGUGCGUUUAUAAAUAUCCUAUUUAGAAUUAUUUCGAGUUUCAGCCGGUGUCGAAAGUCGGAGUGCCGGUGAACGUGUGUUUUGUGUCGGAAAGUUUACUCGUGAAGUUUUAUGCUGAAAUUUUGCAAGUUGGAUUCGCACCUUUCAACCUCCAAAGGUAUACCUGAAUGAAUGGAAUGAGUCGUAUUCGUUUUGAUAAUCUAAUUACACUUUGAGAGAAAUAUCAAGAGUUCAUUUUUGCCUCAAUCAGAUUGCGAAACUGGCCAGAGUAUCAGAUUUUCCGAGAGUUUCGGAUUCGGACGUGUGCGAAGAUACGAAAUUGAUUUCGAAGGAAAGAAUGUCACGGUCAAUCUACAUGCCCAGUAACGUGCUGGCAGUGAUUACGUAGUAUGGCGACGACGAAGACGACGACUACGUCAACGACGUACGAGUAUUCUCACCGCAAAAGAACGUGGUUAAAGUUCCGGUCGUUCGUGUCCGUGUAGAGCGAAAAGCGAAAACGAAAAAAAGCUCUACCAAAAGCAGACUCGAUCAGUCGCCUGACGUGUUCGCGAGUAGUGUACUUUUCGUACACUUUACAUUUAUGGUGGUGGUUCGGGCUGGUGUUGCGUCGCCACGAAAGCCAGCCAGUCAGCCGAAGAAGCAACAGCUUUCAAGAGGCUACCAAAGCGCGCAGACGACCCGAAAGCCUCGCACGUCUCGCUUCCUCUUAUCAAUGCCUUGAUAAAAAAGGUUUUUACGUAACGGGCAACGGCGUGCAAAAUGGUAACACAAGUAGAAUCGGUGUCAGUUGCCGGCCGUUCGGCGCCACUAAUUUUUUCUUCGAGUCAAUCGGCGCCCUGAUAAAAUUCGAGUUAAUUCGUUCUCGUUAGCGAAAUUUUUUUUUUCGUCUUCGUUUCGCGAAUUUGCGUAAUACGUACGUACGUGAAAAUUACGCGUAAAUUAUCCUCCCCUGUGUGCUCGAUAUUCGGUUGUGCUAGUGUGAAAAUAAGUGCGGUGUAGAUCGAAAAUAAAAGAAAAAAAAUUGUGAAAUUGUGUUCGCGAUAAAAUUACAUACGUAUUUUAGCUUUUAUCUCAAUUUUAUUCGUUUUUCGAUGGCUUGUGCAGUGAAAAUCCUCGUACACUAAGUUUCAUCUCGAGUGAAAAAAACGAGCUCCCCUGAAAAAAAAAAAUAAUCGCGAAAAUGCUAAUUGAAAAUGCCUAAGGUCACGAGCCGUGUGACAUUUGCGGUUUUCGUAUUCAUGUGCGCGAUUAUUAUGCUAGCGGAUGGCAAUGGCAAAGUUGCUGAGAAGAAAUGUUCCUCUGUCCGCAUCGGUAAUAAUAUAUCGUCUUUCGAGAAACUGCGAGGAUGUACCGUCGUCGAAGGAAAUAUCCAGAUCGUGCUGCUGGAUAAAACUUCGGAUAAAGCUUUCGUCAAUCUUACGUUCCCCGAGCUGAGAGAAAUCACCGAGUACUUGUUGCUGUACAGAGUGAAUGGGCUGAGAAGUAUCGGGCAACUGUUCCCUAAUUUGGCCCUGAUCAGAGGUACGGCGCUGUUCAAUAAUGCCGGAUUGGCUGUCGUCGAUAAUCACGUGCUGAGGGAGAUCGGAUUGAAGAGUUUGACGCAUAUUAUGGAAGGAAAUGUCAUCAUACAUAAGAAUUAUCAUCUCUGUUUUACGAAUACCAUCGAUUGGGCCGCGAUUAUGAAAUCUACCACGCAAACUUACUACGAGGUGACCGUUGCUCAGGUGAAAAUCGAAGACGAAUGCAAAAGCGUCGAUAUAUGUAAAAGUAGCGGAUGCGAAAGAAACUUGUGCUGGGGUAAAGGGAGCUGCCAAAUAUUGCACUUGGAUCAAUGUCAUCCCCUGUGUGCUGGUGGAUGUUACGAGAAUAAUUCGGCCGAUCACUGUUACGCCUGCAGAGGAUUGGUGACCAAUGAAGGGAAAUGUGUCAGCACUUGUCCACCUCAAACGUACGUGUAUCUGCAACGUAAUUGCAUAACGCAAGAGCAAUGCCGAACGCAGAAAGUCAAACCAACCAAAGACAACCCAGGCGGCUAUAAUUACUUCACUUUCAACAACUCGUGCAUCAGCGAAUGUCCCAGCAGAUAUCGUAAGAACCACGACAACACCACUUGCAUCCCCUGCGAAGGCGCCUCGUGUUUCAAGGAAUGCUAUCCGGCCAAAGACACCAACUAUCCUGACCGGUACCGUAUCACCUUAGUCAGCGAAUCGAAACGUCUCCAGUCAUGCACACGAAUCAAAGGAUCGCUGAUCAUCGACGGUAUCCAGGGCAGUUAUCAUCGCGGUAUCGAAGAAGCUCUGGAGGAGAACCUCGGCAUGAUCGAAGAGAUCGACGGUCGUCUGGAGGUGAUCCAUUCGCACGCGCUGAUUUCGUUGAAUUUUUUUCGCAAUCUACGUCUCAUCGAGGGCAACCCGUUCAACGGUUCGCAAGCUGAUGAGAAUCGGUAUUCGCUGACGGUGAAAGAUAAUAAGAAUCUGCAAGAGUUAUGGGACUGGGAUAAGAGACCGAAUGGAGCUGGUUUGCAGAUACCCAGAGGAAAGGUCUUCUUCCACUUUAAUCCGAAGCUGUGUUUGACUGAAAUCGAACGUAUGGGUCGCGAGGCUAAUUUACAACUACCUUUCACCAAUUUGGAAGUGAGUCGGGAGUCGAACGGAUAUCAGAGUAUUUGCAAUCCGACAGCUAUGAACGUGACCGUAGAAAGUCGUACUGCUCAUAGUGUGAUUUUAGCUUUGCAUUUGGCUCCCAAUACGUCUACCGAGAAUAUCGGCCGGUUCAUGGUGUUCUACAAAGAAGCCAGCGAGUUCCAGACGAACGAAUCGACCCACGAUUCGUUCUCUGAAUGCGAAAGUCAGUGGAGAGUGAACAACUACGAUGGUUCUACGUUCAGCAAUGGAACAUUAUACAUGCUGAUUACCAGACUCGAACCUUACGUAGAGUAUUUCUAUUUCGUUCGAAGUUAUACUACGUUAUCUUCGUCCAUCGGUACCACGUCGAUCAAGAAAGUCCAAACGUUACCGGAUCAGCCAUCGACUCCUUUGGAAUUCCGUACAGUCAACGUAACCGAAUCAGAGGUGACGGUUUCGUGGAAACCACCGUUUCAUCCGCACGGUGUGAUUACUCACUAUAUCAUCGAAGGGUAUUGGCAGAACGACGUGACCGAAGAUCUAAAACAACGUGAUUACUGCCUGUAUCGAAUGCAGAAGAACGAAGCUUUCGCUUCGAAACCGAGCUUUCCUACGACGACCGAGCCAAUGUACGUUACUCCUCUAUCGGCCGAGCAAGAGAAACAACUCAAAGAUGCCAGAUGCAAGAAAAAAUGCAACAAGGUGAAAAACAUUACGCAGGAAACCGAGCAGACCAAGUUCGAAUACUGUAAUAGCUUCGAUCACGUGAACGAAAUCGAUCCUGCCAUCACGAACGAUGAAUUGAUCGCCUGCGACGCUUUCAUUUACUCGGUUAUGAAUUCGAAUUUCCAGAAAUUGAGCACGUUACAGGAACGAAAACCGAUGGAUACCAAUACGAUGACUAAAACGGCUCCUAGUCAGUUUCCAAUGGAUCAGUACAACGUUCCUAAAGUGAAACCGAGUCCUAACGAGACGAACCUCGAAGGUAAAUACGUUCAGUUUCGAGUCAGCGUGAACGCAAACUCUACCGAAACCAGUAUCGCCAAUUUGAAACACUUCAGCGAGUACAUUCUGCUGAUAUCCGCUUGCCAAGAUACCCAUCCGCAGGUUAAAGAUCCAUGCAGCAGGUAUACCUUCUUAUCAGUCAGAACUGGUCGAAGCUCUCAGGCUGAUCAAGUCGACAAGAGCAAGAUAAGAGUCGCACCCAAUAAUCAUACAGCUAACGUAAGCUGGGAAGAACCGAACACAGUCAAUAGCUACGUCCAUAGCUACAUCCUCGAGUACCGAAGCACAGACGUGGAAAACUCCAAGUUCAUCGAAAACUGCAUCACCACCAAUCAGUUCCACGAUGCGAACGGUUCGUACGCCAUUGAAAACCUAUCUUCGGGUCAUUAUCAGCUCAGGCUGCGAGCUGUCUCUUUGGCCGGCGAAGGGUACCCGGUCACGACUACGUUCACCAUCGAAGAGCAAAGUAAACAGUACAUGUCAAUUAUCGUCAGCUCGGUGGUGAUCGUGAUGGUGAUAAUGUGCAUACUGAUCGCCUUCCUGUACUACUGGAGACUGCAGAUUAGCAAGAAUCGUAUACUUUUCGCAUCGGUUAACCCUAGAUACGAACCGGUCUACGUUGAAGAUCACUGGGAAGUGGCCAGAGAACAUCUGACUUUGGUCAAGCAACUAGGCAGAGGUACGUUCGGGUCGGUUCACGAAGGUAUCCUGCAACCGGAUAACACCCGAUGCGCUGUCAAAACUGUUACAGCUGUGAGCGACGAAGAUAACAUGAUCUUCUUGAAAGAAGCCACGCUAAUGAAAGAGUUCCAUAAAGCGUUCCAUAUCGUUAAACUGAUCGGCGUUAUUUCCAAAGGUACUCCGGUCUACGUGAUAAUGGAACUGAUGGAAAUGGGCGAUUUGAAAUCAUUCUUGCUUCGGCACGGUGCCGAACUAACCGACGAUUCGAAAACAAUGCCGGCUCAAGUGAUAUUAAAAAUGGCCGCUGAAAUAGCCGACGGCAUGGCGUUCCUCGAAGCGAAGAAAUUCGUACACAGGGAUCUAGCCGCCCGAAAUUGUAUGGUUUCCGGUAAUCGAAUUAUCAAAAUAGGAGAUUUCGGUUUAGCUAGAGAUAUCUACGAAACGGAUUACUACCGUAAAGGCGACAAAGGCACGCUGCCGAUUCGUUGGAUGGCGCCGGAAAGCAUCAGAGAUGGUAUAUUUACGAGUAACUCGGAUGUUUGGAGUUACGGUGUGGUACUGUGGGAAAUCACGACGCUGGCUCAAAUGCCCUAUCAUCCGAGAACCAACGAAGAAGUCAUCAAGUACGUGCAAUCUGGGCAGAUUCUAGAUGUACCGGCUAACGCUCACGAAGUGCUCAGGCCAUUGAUGAGGUGCUGCUGGAGAUGGCACGCUUCUCAUAGGCCGAAAUUCGUGCAGAUAUUGAAGUUGCUCGAUUCGUACGUGGAUCAUAAUUUUCGCAAGGUGUCCUUUUUCCAUAACGGGGAAGAUCCGAAUGAUCCGACGAACGUGGUGCCUUGCAGGACGGCGACUGAAGAGUGUUAUAUUUAUAGCGACGAAAACGACGAGAUUAAUUUGUACCUGAGUCAGUCGCCCAGUACGUCGACGUCGACGCCGUCCGGGACGAAGGCGACCAGAUACGUGCCGUAUAGAGCUAAUGGUCAUGUGGAGAAUUUGAGAUAAUAAGGUUGGUUACAAUAUUGAGUUGGAAACAUGCAGCAACAACAAUUCGACUUGGAGAUUGGUCCUUCAAAAACCGGCACGACAACGAAACGACCACUUCAACGAAUGAAUUUCAAUUCGGCGAUGAAGAUGUCCAGAUCACACCUGCUCAUUUUGCUUUUUCGGGCUUCCUGUUAAAAUAUUUUAUUGUUUUAGAAUUUCUACUUUUUUAUAGAAUGAAUUUUACAUGCUCAGUUUUUUUUUAAUUAAAGAAAAACAUUUUGCUAAAAAGUUAUUCAGAAAGCAAAUAGGUAGCCUAUUUUCUUGUUCCUAUGAAAUAUUUUUUUUAAAAAAAGUAAUUUUUUAUUUUCAACUUACUCGAAUUAAAAACAUUUUUCUAAAAUGUUUUGCUCACACAACGAAAUAUUCCGCGAAUAAGUUUGAAUAUUGUAAUUUUUUAAGCAAGCUUUUAUUCUUUAUUUUUUUUUACUCGUGUCGAAUUUUUUUUUGUAAAUAUAAUAUAUUUAUUUUAUUUUUUUUGGAGAGAUGUUAAUAACGACAACUUUGUUAGGUAUAUUAUUUUAUAUAUACGUAGAUACUACCUGUGUAUUUUUUUGUACUCGAUGUGUUUUAUAUGUGUUAAGUAAUAACUUGUAAUAAUGUUCGCAUUUUUGAGGCAAAGUCGAGUGAGGAUGAAUGUGAUGCUUAUCGUUUUUAUUAGUUGAAAAUUUAUACUAUAUACGGUGAGGUUUUUAUGCAUAGAAACGUGUUUUUGGCACGCGAAUGCGUUUUUAUUAUUAAAUUGUUGUAUGUACCAUUCCAAAAAGUUUUCCACUUUGAGAAUCUCCCUUUUCGUUUAUCCCUUUCGUGUAUAUCCCCCUUAUCCCAGUGAUCCCUUUUACUAUUCAUCUGACUUGGUUGUCUCCUCGAAAUCGAAAUCGUCGAAUUUUUUCGCCAAACGGGUACGUACGUACAACACAAGUUGAAUUUGCAACUAGUCAGUAAAUAAGUUUUGUUGUACGUGACGUUUUGAUUUCUUUUUUUUUUUUUCGUUCUGUUUUCGAGUUAAAAUUGCAUUUGUAAGUUUUAAGAUACUACGUUGUAUUAAGUUUUCUCGUUUCUGUCCUGUCUUCGUGUCUCUCUGUGUAUUUCUCUCUAUCUCUCUCUAAUUCGACGCCCUCGAGCGUCAUUUUAAUAUCAAAUUUAUCAAAAGGAAUGAAUGAGAAGCGUGUAGAAAAGUUUUAUUUUUUUUCUUUCUUUUUAUACAUAGGUAGGUAAAGUGUAAGAAGUACAUAUGUGUUCCAAAUAAUGUAUAAGUUUAUGUGACCUUUUUUUUUCUUCGCUGUUUUGUUUUGUUUAUUAUAUUAUAGUAUGUUAGGUAGGUUUAUUGUGUAUCAUGAUGAAAGGGUUGUCUGUCGAUGAGUAAUCAAAAGUAAAAAAAAAAAAGAAGAUUUUAAUUAUUGUUACCAUUACGUUGUAAGAGUUCUGUUUAUUGUCAUUUUAAUUCGUACGCACUUUGAUAUUUUUAUUGUAAUUUUUUUUAAUGUGUAUAAUUGAUUGUUUUUUCUUUUUCGUUAUUGUUCGUUACGUUUUUUUUCUCUUUGUAAUAUUUUUUUUCGUAUGUAUUUUUCGUUCGACGAGAAUUUCUUUCAUGAUCUUCAUGUUCCUGUUAAGAAUAAAUGCGUUUAUUUUUUAUUAAUA